CCAAGGUAGCUAACGUUAGCUCCGCUACUCAAUCCCAGCGGCGUCUACACACAUCGCGAGCCCAAGCGGCGGGGACUUUAAUCGGGCGAUGGCGGCAACUACUCGAGUUUCGGGGAGCGCGUCGUCACGUCGAGGAGGAAAAAACACUUCUUCGUCCGUCCGAAAAUGGAGAGUUCUGCCGUGAGCUGAAAGGGAAAACAUGGGCGCAGGCGCUUCGCUGUCGCUGUGUAGUGACGCGUCCUCAGUGAGAAUCCUGAGGCCACGGACUAAGGUCAGUCCAGAGCCAGUUGCUCUAUCCGACAGGUGUGUGUUUGGUGUUGCCUUUGAAACACUGAGCGAGCGUGGGCAGAUGGUUGGCGGAGUGCCCCUCGUGCUAAGAGACAUGGUGGAGUUCCUGGAUAACAACGGAAUGGACCACAGGGGUCUGUUCCGCCUGUGUGGGUCGGUGGUGCGUACCAAGAAGCUGAGGCAGAGGUGGGACCACGGAGAACGGGUGGACUUGAAGCACGAGGAAGAUGUCUCCACUGUGGCCUCGCUCCUCAAACUCUUCCUUCGGGAAAUGCCCACCCCCAUAGUUCCUGAACCCCGGUGCCAACAGCUGCUCCUGAGCCUCGCAGGCGAUGCAGAUGAGGCAGAGAUGAACCAGUCUCUGAGAGAAAACCUUUGCCAUCUCCCCGGUGACAACCUCAUUAGUUUGUCUUACCUCAUCCACUUCCUGUCCAGAGUGGCCGCUCACAGCCAGUCGAAUCAGAUGCCCUUGAAAAGUCUGGCAACCAUCUUUGGGCCUUGUAUAUUUCAUGUUCCCUCAGGACCCGGGAUGCUAGAGGAGCAGUAUUUGUGUAACGCCCUGUUGCUGCAUCUUCUGAAGCAUCGGAAUGUUCUCUUUCCCGUCCAUGCCGAGGACACAGUGGCCUCCUCCUCCUCCUCACCUCCUCCCACUCUAUCUGCUCUUUCACACUUUGAGGUCCGAUCCAGCAGCCGUGUGGAGAAGUUGCAGGGAGACACCACUUCUAUCUCAGCGACCAGUGCUUUCAACCAAACCAUACGGGUGCAGUGUCCACGCAACAGUCCUGACACGGCGGUGCAGCGUUGUGAAUCCAGCUCUGACGUCAGCGCUGACAUUCAGAAGCCAACUCCAGACCCGGGGGCUUCUGAGGAGACAAGUGGCAGUUCAGAGGGGGGGGGUGUGCUCUGCCGCUACACCGACCCGGGGCCGGAGCAAGACGCGCCUGCUCCGCUCGUCUCUCCUUUUGCUGAACUCAGGAGGCCACCAUUCACCUCCACAUCGAUGGAGACGGAGGAGGAGGUGGACUUUGAGGGCAGAAGGACACUCUCCUCUCCCAUUAAAGACUGUCCAGCGUCCUCCACAGAUAACGGACAGAAAUCAACUAUUUCAGACGGCCGGCAAGCGAAUGAAUCACAGAACAACAACCAAACACCAACUCGGCACACGGAGAGCAUGCUGUGCAGCAACACGGAGGCCCGAACCACCGUGUCUGAGAAGGGGAGGAGAGGAGACGGAGGAGGGUGCCGGGGUUCUUCCUACCGACACGCCGAAUGCAGAGGCAGCAACAACAGCCAUGAUAGCCCCUCCCUCAAGCUACAAGCGCUGGAGAAUGACUUGGGACCACCGGCCUCACCGGUAGACCCCCAGGGUCGCGAUAACCAACCCGCCCAGCAGCAGCCUGUUUACAGUGAGGGGCAGGACCUUUAUGAGGGGCAGGACCUUUAUUUGACCCGGAGGCUGCUUCUCCACUCGCCGUCGUCACCGCUUGCGGAUCCGACCGACACAUCCCCGUCUGUACACAUGGCAUCCCCUCCGUCAUCAGAGUGCAGUUCUCCCCUGUCCACCGCAAUGCUUUCUGAAGGGAAGUCCGGAAAGGACGCCCUGCCGAGCCCACCGGGACCUAAAACCAGCCCACUCCUCUCUUGUUUUACAACCAGUGACUGCCCCAUUCCUUCGCCUCGCUGCCCCAACCUUUCUCACAGCCUGCGCUACAACCUAGACCCCGAAACAGCCCCUUCUCCACCCUGCUCACAGCACAUACGCAUGGCUCGCAGCAGUGACCAUACAGAGUCCGACGUGUCCAUCUUGGUGCUCAAGAGACACAUUUACACCCUGAAGAAGCGGAUUGGGCGUUUUGAGGAUCGUUUUGAACAGGAGAAGCACUAUAAGGCGGCACAUAACGACAAGACGGCACAUCCAGAGGUGGCUGGACUGAUGAAGGAGCUCGUCAAGAGUCGCAAGCAGCUCAAAGAGGUGAAGCAGAGACAAUCAGAAGGGGAUAUGAGACGGGAGGAAGACUUUAUCCCGUCACCUGAAACAUGCAGUACCAGCAAGGACCAGAGAGAGGCAACACUUCCUGGGCCUGAGCUGCAGCAUCUUCACAACAGCAAGCCAGAUGUGGAGGAAACCGUCAACAUGAUAACCAACCGACUGCAGGAGAGACGGCGAGAGCUGGGCCUUGCAGACAGCGUUCAGGAGAUGUCCCAUUUCCAGCUGACAAUGGAGAAGGCCAGUCUGCAGAAGUGUCUGCUCCACUUUGAGAACCUGCACGGACAACCGAGCACCAGGCAGGAGCGGACUCUGAUGAAACCGUUCUACGACCGGUACCGUCUCGUCAAGCAGCGGCUGCUCUCCUCUAAUGCGACGGCGGUCAUCGCGACCAUUGAGGAGGAGGAGGGCUCUGACGAAGAGCGUCCUAAACUGCAAAGCCCCGGGCUGCAUCCACUCCAACCCAAGUCUCCCGGAUGCGAGUCGUCCGACGAGUUGCUGCUUCUGCCUUCCCUGGAGACGUCUGAAACAACUCUGGUGUCCCCGCUGGAGGAGGUGAAGGAUUUACAGCCACAGAUUAUCACCAUGGCAACACUACACGAAGCUUCCAGAGCAGAAUUACUGGAUCACCUCAGGACAGCACGAUCAGAGAAACGGAGGCUUCGCCUUGCGCUCCGGCGGUUCGAGGACCACUUCUACAUGCAGACCGGCAGGGCUUGUCAGAAGGAGGACCGUGGACCGAUGGCAGAGGAGUACUGCCAGUACAAGAACCUCAAAGCGAAGCGCCGUCUCCUCGAGGCCCUGCUCAGUAAACAACAGGACUCAACCCAGACUAGUUGAGUCAACUCACAGUGGGAAUUUAUUUAACAGGACUUGAUGAAUCUGAAAGAUUUUUUUUUUUUUUUCAUGCCAUGCUCAUGGUGUUUAUACACUCUACAUGAAUAACACUGAUGGAAAGUGUAAAUGAAAUGCAGUUUUUGUCCCAAAUACAUGUCAUUUAUAACAAAGUGUAUUUUCUGAAGCACUUCUAUAUGUCAAGGAUGCUAAGCUGUAACAACUUGUUAAUUACAUAUUAGUAAUUCACAAUUACUAUACGCAUGAUAUGGCACUCUUGUUACUUGCCUUUUCUUUUGGACAGCUCUGUCCAUAGUUAACGUGGAAACUGUUAUCUUUGCAAAAAAUAGGUGUCAGCUUGAAUGCAAUCAAUGAGACAAUCAUGUUGUGUUUGUGCAUGUCAGUUUUUUAGUCCUACUUUGUGCUAUGAUAUGCAUAAGAAUUUCAGAGUUGAUCAAUGUACAUGUUCGAUAUGAAAAUAUUAGAACGUUGCCACUCCUGUGCAACAUCUACAUGCCGUCAAAUUGGUGUUUCUCCCCCCCCCAUUCUGCCUGUGUGAAGUUAAACCCCCUUGAAUGCAGUUGUUGACAAUGCUUUUGACAUUGUGCACUUCUGGUUUAUAUAAUUUUCUAUAUAUAGAGAAAUAAUAUAUAUAUAUGAAUGUAUCAAUAAAAAUAAAUAUUUUUUCACAUUUAAACACA